AUGCCCUCAGCAACGCCGAGGGCUACCCUCGCCAUCAGACCUCGACCUUCCGAACCACCACAACCCAUAAAUCGCAAACACGCACCUUGCACUUCGUAUCCCGAAAGUUCCCCUCUUGAUAGUUUCUCUUUUUAUAAUCCUCCUCCAACUCUUUCAGAUCGUCCAUCAAAACGAUCCAUGACCACUCCAUCGAAAACUAUCGCUGUCGUCAAUUCCUCCGGACGACAGGCUGCAUCAUUUAUCCGCGUUGCUAGUGCAGUGGGCUAUAAUGUACGAGCUCAAUUACGAAAUCUUGACGGGAUAGUAGCAUCUGAAAUAUCUUCACUCCCAAAUGUUACUGUCCUAGUAGGCGACCUAUUCAUCAAACGAUCUUCAUCAUCAUCGCCAACAUUAGACCCCGAGACUACCAAACUAAAUGAUGCACUCAUUCAAGACCUUUUCCAUGGAGCGCAAUUAGCAUUUAUCAAUACUACAUUCUGGGGUGAUGAAUAUGCCAUUGGUUGUGCUUUGGCCGAUGCAGCUGCAGCUGUUGGUAUAGAGCACUACAUCUAUUCAUCUAUGCCCAAUCACUCUGUCGUCUCCUCUUCGUGGCCAUCAUUACCUCUCUGGUCCGAGAAAUAUGCAGUCGAAACAUAUAUCCGAACCAAACUCCCUUCUCUCCCAUCAACAUUUCUCUACACUGGAAUUUAUAACAACAACUUCACAUCGCUACCAUACCCAUUAUUUUGCAUGGCCCUUCAACCCGACGGUUCCUUUGAGUGGCAAGCUCCUUUCCAUCCAGAUGUACCUUUACCAUGGCUAGACGCCGAACAUGAUGUUGGACCCGCAGUUUUACAAGUAUUUAAAGAUGGACCACCGGCUUCUUCCUCGAAUCCUCGUCGCAUACCUCUCGCUUAUGAGUUUCUCUCUCCCAAACAAGCUUGCGCCGCCUUUUCCCGCGGUGUCGGUCGUCCAGUAAAAUAUAAACACAAUCCUACUAUUGAAGUACGAGUCAAGAUUCCAAGAGGAUAUAAAGAUCAACUGGUCGCAUUGGAGCAGAUGUAUUCAUUAGGACGCUCGGAUCCAAGACGCCAACCUCCAUAUUUCGCCGAGCAGGAAUUAGAAGACCAGGUACCGGAAGAAGCGAUGAAAUUAUGGGAAGGGUAUCGAGGAUUGGAGGAAUACGCUCGGGAAGUUUUCCCGCUGGAAGAAGCCGCCAAUGGACUGACGUGGAUGGUGGAGGAUAAUUACGAUGAUAGGACGUAUACGCACAGCGAGGUUACGAAUGGAGGAACCGAUGAUAAUGCAAGCUAUGAAGAAGAAGACGAUGAUGAUGAUGGAUUGACGAUAGGCGGAGGUCUGGGUGCAUCGGGCGAAGCCACACCGGCGAGAAAGGAAGAGACGUGGCUCGCAUGA